AUGACUCUUGAACAUGCAGUAAAUAAAGAGGGUUUUUUUUACACAGCAGCACCUGCGUUAAUGUCUGGUGCUGCUCAAGCUGUGAUAUUUAAUCCUUUUGAUAGGGCACUCUAUGUGCGAGUGAAGUUUCGACGUAAUCAUUUUUUAGAUCGUCGUAACUUUGAAAAACCUUUUCAAGGUUUUAUGAAUGCCGCUGUGUAUCGUACACUUGUAGGAGCCUCAUACAUGUUUUGGCAAGAUUCUAUGCGUAUUUUUAUUGAGAGAGUCAUGCCAGAGUAUUUUCAAGCUUCUCAUUCGCCGAAAACAAAUGCUUUCCUCAUUGGAGCAACAGCUGGUUCCUUAAAUGGUUCAGUUUUAAAUGGUAUGCAAGUUGUUAAAUAUCGAAUGUGGAAUGCCGAAGUAGGUUCUUCUUUUUAUGCUGUAGCUCUUGAUGCAUACAAAGAGAAUGGAUUACGAAUAUUUUUCCGUGGCAUUGGUGCGACUGCAUUACGUGAUUGUAUUUUUGGUGUCGUGUAUGAAUCUUGUCGACGUGCCACAGGAUUCAAAGACUUUCUUGACUCAUAUGUUAUAUUUAUACAACAUUGGUCAAAAGAACUGUUUGGAAAAGGUAUGACACCUGGUUGUUCUGUUGAUGCAGGGAACUCAACUCAUCAUGGUGGUGAUGUAGAGGGUUCUUUAUGGAAAAGUCAGAAGUGUGGGAUGUGCGCUUUUUUCUCUAAUCUUGUAGCUGCGUUAUUGGCAUCUGUAGCGAGUUCACCGUUUAACUAUGUAAGAUCAGUAAUAUAUGGCGCUCCAUCGGGUUCGGUUCCAAUGCGCUAUUUGCCACUUCUUCGUUCUUUCUUUUAUCAGGCGUACUUUAUUUAUCGGAAUGGCGAAUGUUUCAAUGGGUUUAUCCGUCCUAAAGGAGAUGUGGGAAAACCUCCUCAAACAUCCAUUGGUAACGGUAGUAAAAGCUGUAUUGGCAGCAACUACAAUAAUCAAAAUGAUCUUUUGGGAAAGGAAGCACAACAGUCAUGGCGAAAUCUCAUAAGGCGCUCCUCUACACGCAGGCGUCACCCAAUGGCUGCGUGGCGUUGGGUAAAUAGUCGAUUGAACAUUGGUUGGGGUUCUAUUCGUGUUGGUCUUGGGAUGGCAAUAGGGCAGAGCUUGUUUCAUUUAGUGCAAGAUGCUGUUCAGACAUUAUGA